CGGAACCUCUUACCUCUCUCUUCCUAACGCGCAAUUUCUCACUCUCUCUUCCUCUCCUCUCUCUUUCUUUCCUCACCAUUCACGUUUCACAGUCUCCAUCUUCCCUUUAUUCCAUCAAAACCCUAAUUAUCCCCAAAACCAAUUGAAUUUCGCAGAAAUUCAACAAUGGCGGGAAAACGAUCACGUAUACACCGAUCAUCCAGCUCCGGCAAUACUUCCGUCAUCUCCGGCUUUGAAUACACCGAUCGUCCUCCUCUUACCCUCACUUUUCCGGCGAAAACUCAUUCUCCGAUCGCUCAAAAAACGUCGCCGGGGAAUAAUUGGCCGGUGAUUUUUCGGAAUAUGUCGCCGGAAUAUCAUCGGCCGGCGAUUUUAGCGAUUUCGGCUCCUGAGAUUGAUCCUGUUGAUCAAAUGUGGGAUGGUUUAGUGCCGUUUGGUCGAUUCUUUGAGAAGUGUUUUUAUUGUAAGAAGAAGAUUAGUGAUGAUGAGGAAGUUUUCAUGUACAGCAACUUGCGAGCCUUUUGCACCGAUGCCUGUCGUACAAAACAGAUCGAAAUGGAAGUGGAUCUGAAGAGACUGUCUGCAUCAUCAUGGAUGAUGAAGUCAGGAAAGCGUAGGUGAAGUCAGGGUUACCCAGUGGUGCCUAGGCUUGUAGUGGUAACUUAGAAUUACCACAUCUGGAAGUGGCAAGCUUUUCAAAUUUUUGGGAUUGGCUAGCACUUUCCAGUGCAGUGUCUUUAAAAUACUUAUUUUUUUCCUAGACAAAUUAUUUUCUCAGGCACUAUCAGGUUUGUACAUCCUGAGUUUUUAUUUGGAGUUGUUCUGAUUGCUGAGAAGAUAGUGACUGCAAGUUAGAGAGGCUUCUAAAAUCAAUAGUUUUUCUUUAUCUAGCAGAGAAACUAGACGGUUUUGGAGUAGGUUCUUCCUCUUGACACAAAUGUAUAUAUGUUUCUUAUUCCCAAGGCUUUUAUGUUAA